GCUUCAGUUGUUGUUCCCUACUCGACGCUGGGUGGCCGAAGGUGUCAUCCAAUGUAAAUUCACACACGUGGGUUUGGUCCAAGUUAAAACCGGAGGAGAGAGUGCAAUAACGGACGACGGGACGAGAGGAUUCCAUGGGUAAUACAACGAUGUCUCUUUACCGAAACUCCGCGUGGUUUCUGAAAGGAAUGACUGAAUUCACCAGGAGUGCGUUCCUCUCUGCAGCCAAGCACUUUGUGGAAAAGGACCUGGAAGUGUCCAUGGCAGGCAGGGUCUUCAUGAUCACUGGAGCCAACAGUGGCAUAGGGAGAGCUACAGCCAUGGCCAUCGCCAAGAGAGGUGGUACGGUCCACAUGGUGUGUAGGAACAAGGACAAAGCAGAGGAGGCCAGGGCUGACAUUGUCAAGGAGUCAGGAAAUAAAGAAAUAUAUGUCCACAUUCUGGACUUGUCGGAGACACGGAAGGUUUGGGAAUUUGCAGAGGCCUUCAAGAGGAAGUACAAAGCCUUGAAUGUACUGAUAAAUAAUGCAGGCUGCAUCAUGAGUGAGAGGGAUGUGAACACUGAGGGAAUGGAGAAGAGCUUUGCCAGUAACGUCAUGGGUGUGUAUCUCUUGACCAAGGGCCUGAUUCCCUUACUGGAGAAGAGUGCAGAGCCCAGAGUGAUCACAGUUUCAUCUGGAGGGAUGCUGGUCCAGAAGCUGAGGACAGGGAACCUGCAGACAGAAAUAGGUCGCUAUGACGGGACCAUGGUCUACGCACAGCACAAGAGGCAACAGGUGGUGAUGACAGAGCAGUGGGCCAAGACCCAUAGCAACGUCCACUUCUCAGUGAUGCACCCUGGCUGGGUGGACACGCCGGCGGUGGCCAACGCCAUGCCUGACUUCCACCAGUCUAUGAAGGACAGUCUGCGGACCCCGGAGCAGGGGGCUGACACCGUGGUGUGGUUGGCUAUCUCAGAGGCCGCCGCCACCAAGCCCAGCGGAAGCUUCUUCCAGGAUCGGAGGAUGGUGUCGGCCCACCUGCCCCUGGCCUGGACUCACAGUUCCCAGUUGGAGCAGCAGAAGUUCAUGAGUGUGAUGGAGGAUCUGGCCAAGACCUUCCAGCCCCACUGAGACCACUACCACACACACACACACACACACACACACACACACACGGACCAUACCAGUACUACAGUACACACUGGAACCAGUGCCGUAUACUGGGAACCAGUUCAGCAUAGCUAACAACAGUCUACACAUACCUGUCAGGGGGGAGGAGGAGGCGUCAUACUAGAUUUGAUUUGCACUACUUUAACAAUUUAGAUAUUUAUUGAACUAGAGCACUUUUUAAAUAUGUAACCUCUACAUGGCUUAAAACACUUAAUAUUCUAAGCUAAAGACUCUUGCACUGAGGGCUAAAACAGAACCGUGUUUGAUUUUACAUUUUACAUUUUAGUCAUUUAGCAGACGCUCUUAUCCAGAGCGACUUACAGUUAGUAUUUGAUGGUGAUGAUGCUGAUUUGGGGUUCCCUGAAAAGGGUUCUUUACCUACUGCUGAUAGGGAAAGCACUUUUCAGUUACUUGUACAUUUAACCCAACAAACACAGUAUGUUGUUUUUCUACCACUUCACACAGUGACUCAAUGGAAGCUGUCAAUCAGAUGGGAAUCUGAUGUGACCAAAGUCACUUUCUUAUUCAUCCACAAAUCACAUCACAGCCUGUUGCUAUGGGCCCAGUCUAACACAUGGUUGGUUGGUUUGCUCUGCUCUGCUUUGAAGGGGUUCACAAACUAAUUUACCCAAGUGCUUCUUCAGUACUACAACCUUAUGAAGUUUUCUGUUGAUCCAUGAAACGUCUACAAAGCUUGUGUACACAACUGAUUAAAUGCAUUGGUGUACAUUAACAAAAUGACAAUAUCAGGAGGAGGGCAAACACCAGAGGGAUAUACUACAAAGCUGGAUCAGAGUUAGCCAGCUAACUUUGAUUAACAACCAGAAAUAACUAUUGAAGCCUAAACUUAGAUGUGUUUUUGGUUGUUGAGUCAAUUAUACCAUGCCAAUUUCAUGCUUAUCUUAAAAAAAUUUAAGUUAUUUCAGAAUAUUUUGGCAAGUUAGCUGGCUAAAUCAUUGAUCUUGCUUUGUAGUAUACCCCUUUGUGUGGUUAUACUGAGCCCAGGCAUGAAGAGACCUCUCACUAUCAGCAGGUAGAUGGGCCUUUUACCUAUUCAGACCUGAGGCACAGGAGGGAACCACAGCAUUACCUGACAUUUCCAAUACAGCUAAGGUAUAUUUAUUUAAUACUAUUGAUGUUUAAGGGGCACUUAAACAGUUUGAGGAAGUGAUAAGCUAUAUAUAUAUGCUUAUUGAUGAGGCGAUAAACUGAGGCAGUCAUGUAUUUUGUGAUUUCAUCCUUGAAUUAAAAAAAAUAUUCACUGAUAUAAAA